CUAGCUUGACUAAAAGAUAAUGGCUAAUAGCUUAGCUAGUUUAAUAAACCAACAACAGAGCAUUAUAUAAAAAUGGGCAACGUUAACGUUAACAUUUAAACAGUACAACACCGCGGGACAUCAUUUUCUGUGGAAAAGGCUAAAUAUCUUAGCUAGUCCAUUCAAUGCCGCAUGCUUGAUGUAAUGUUACGUUGCUGAACAGAUAUGUUUCAUAAUAACAAUAUUCUACAUUUAAUCCGUUUAACAGUGUCAAAGACAGCUAUGAUGUGACGUUUAUGAUACAGUAGAUACCUCUGGCAAAUUCGGCAUGCAUGUGAUCCACCAGCAAUCCAUAUUUUAACCAUAAAUCAAUCUUUAUUAUAUGAAUGCCUCUUGUUGUCAAAGCUAGCUAACUUGAUGCCCCGCGGGGGGCGGUAGUAAAAUAAUUGCAAACAUACAGAUUAAACGCAAACAACUACUGCGAGACGCAGCAAAUGUACACCGAAUUUACAGUAAGAUGUUCACGUUUCAUUAACGUUUCACAGCCAUGAUUGAUGAAGUGUUUUUCGUUUUCACACAGGCAUGCCGCCUUGACUUUGCUAGAUUUUAAAUGGAGUUUGGCAUGCCGCAUGCACACACCAAAUCUGAGCCAAUUACAAGCAUGUGUACUUGUAAUCCUGGAUUACCAAGCACAUAAAGCUUACUGCAGUUGUAGACCAGGCGUUAUAAGGAGUAGAACAUCGGUAUCUAAGACGUGGUGAAAUUAAUAGCUGCUACUAUUACAAUGGGCAUUUACAGACCAGCAUUUAUCUUCAUGUUAGAUAUUUUCAUGCUGAUUAUUCAUCUUCAGUUCGCCUCAUCCAGGGAUUUAUUCACGUUUCUAAGAAUGGGGAAUUUUACAUCUUCUACAUCCCUGUCCAGCACAUCUUGUGCACAGUAUGUUCAGGAGGUGGUGUCACAGAACUGUGUGGUGAUAUUUUCCAAGACCACCUGUCCUUAUUGCAAAAUGGCCAAGAACGUGUUCAAUGAAAUUGGCGCAACCUACAAAGUGAUUGAGUUGGAUGAGCACAAUGAUGGGAGAAGACUGCAAGAGGCCUUAGCUCAGAUGACCGGUGCCAGAACAGUCCCGAGAGUCUUCAUUAACGGAAACUGCAUUGGGGGCGGCUCGGAUACCAAACAGCUCCAUCAGCAGGGAAAGUUGCUGCCCCUGAUUGAACAGUGUGCUCCCUGCUGUGCUGCGACCAGCGCCGAGGGCUCGGGCAGCGGACAGUUCGAGUCGGCUAAAUGACUAACCGUUCUUGUAGUGUUUUUUAAUCCUGUAUUUAUUAAGUGUUUGCUCAAUCUCGUACUACAAGUUGUACAUUGUUUGAGCACAACUGUGUUAUUUAUUUAUCAAAGUGCUUUGGAUACUUGAUGUUUGGCUCCAUACAUUUUCCUGUAUUGUACGUUGUACAGUGUUAUUAUUAUUAAAGCUGCCAUCUUUUAAACAAAAAA